AUGGGAUCCGCCUCGUCCAAGCCGACAGACCCUCCGCCCAAUCAGCCCAAUCCGCUCACGGCUCGUGAGAUUGCUGCCACUGAGGCCCUACAUGCCGAGCUGCGGGCGGUGCGCAAGGCGACGACAGCCGCGCCACCUGUGCCGACGGACAUACCGGUCGACGCGCCGAUGGCGUCGGCGGGCGAGGAAUACGUGUUCCAUCCGAAUCCGCUGCCGGUUGAUGCCGAAGGCUAUGCUGAGGCGCUGCCGGUGACCGAGACGGUGGCCAUUGCGGCGCGAUUUGCCGAGCUGGGCGUGGUGGUGGUGGGCGGGUGCCUCGACGCCGAUGAGGCGGCUGCGUCGGUCGAUGCUGUGUGGGAUCUGCUCGAGCGCCACUCGCCGCCCAUCGAGCCGCGGCUGGACCGCCACAAGCCAGAGACGUGGGUGACAGCCAACUGGCCGGCGCUGUCCAAGCUGGGCAUCCUCGGUGACACCAUUGCCCUGCAUCCGGCCCUCUUCCGCAACCGGGUCAACGCCCGCGUCGUCGACGCCUUUGCCGCCAUCCUCGGUACACGCGACAUGUGGCUCAACAUCGGCCGGGUCUCCGCGAUGCGCCCCACCCGCGACGUUCCGCUGCCGGUGAGCAUCUUCGAUCCGGCCCGCGAGGUUGAUGCCGCUGCGCUCGCCGAAGCCCCGCGCGUCACCGACGCCCUUGGCCGCGAGUGCCUCCUCAUCGACAUGGAUGAGUGGCGGACCGUCGAGGGCUGGCUCCACCUUGACUUUAAUCCAAAGACCGGCGAGGCGACCGGGUUCUCGUGGCGGACCAUCGAGCCCGCCGCAAAUGUGUGGGACGCCGCCGAUGCAAACGUCAAGCUCCAGGGCGUCCUCGCCCUCAAGGACUGCUCCGUCCACGAUGGCGGCUUCCACUGCGUGCCAGGCGUGGCGCCGCACAUCCGUGCCUGGGCCGCCGCCAACGGCGACGCCCUCGCCACACAGCCUAUGCCGGGCGACACCACCGUUCAGAUCCCGAAGGACGACCCUAUGCGCGCCGCCAUCCAGCGCGUCGGUCUUCGCGCAGGCUCGCUCGUCAUCUGGUCGUCAGCCACUCCGCAUGGCACGUACCCCAACACAUCGCCGGACAUGCGCAUCAUCCAGUACAUCAAGGCCACCCGCAGGGACCAGCGCUACUGGCGCCCGCUCUACACGCCCGACGACGUGCUUCCACCCGACUGGUCCCCCACACACGACGAGGCCGCCCUCCUCUUCCAUCCUUAG